CUUGACAUCAUGUUUACACAACAGCCGCAGCUGACCUCUGAGAGGUCGCUAGAUGGCCCUCCUCCUCCAGUUGUUCACAUUCCUCGAGAAGUUCGACGCUCAAUCAAGGUCAAUGAAGCUUACAGUAAAGCUUUGGAUGAGCACGGUCCUGUUAUUGUUGUCCCUAGGCAUGGGCGCAACGAGUACGUCAUUGACCACAGGUAUGCCCGUGAAGUUCUCACAGACACCGAAAACUUUACCUUUGAAAAGGCAGUCUUUGACCUGCUUCAUCUGGGAUUCCUGGCAGUAUUUGACAAUGGCGCCUUUGUCCACGACGUUGACGCCUUGGUGGAAAAGAACGUGCAGCCGCGAAUGAAUGCGAUUAUAGACCAAAUUUUCCCUGUCUUUCGGGAAUAUUUUGAUCGCUUGGAGGAUGAGCUACCCAGUGGUGCGGACGACAAGACGUUCGUUGAGUUUCCGGACAUUUUCUAUCGGAUACAGCUGGCUAUAGCACACGCCAUGGUUGUUAUGAUUCUUGGCCAAGCGCAUGCCUCUUCCGUCGUCGCUGGCCGCUUUGCAGCAAUUGCUAUUGCCAUGGCUAACAUGACGGGAAUGCACGAGAAUACGCAUGAGUGGAUUCGCUUCCCGUGGCUCUGGGUCCUCAUUAAUGGUUUUUCUGCCAUCUUCUUCACAAUUAUACCUCAGUUCUUCUUCUAUGUCGCGCCUGCGUUGUGGAAGGCUCGGCACGAGCACUUGGAUAAUGGGCUAGCUGCACGCCAUAGCAAUUUUGUCCCCCUCUUUGACAUUCUCCUCACAAAGCACUAUCAAGGAAAGACUGGUAUAUUUGCGCUGGCUGGAUUCUUCCGUUGCGUUAUUCUUUCCAUCGGAAUCAUAUUCGCAUCCAUCCACCAGACUGUGGUUGCUGGUUCCUGGAUCCUGGUCAAGCUGACCCAAAUGCAAGACGAGUAUCUGCCUGCCAUCCGCCAAGAAUGGGAGUCCGUCAAUCCCCCCGGGGAGAACAUUACUGUGAACAAAUUGAGCAAAAUGACGCUGACGGACUCAUUUAUGCGCGAAGUCCUGCGUACUAAGGGUGACGCCUGGGGUCCCGUGCGACAGACCACCAGGGCUGUUCGAGUCGGGCCAUAUGUGCUUCCAAAGGGUGCUAUGUGCAUUGUGCUCAUCUCACGGGCCCACCAACAUCCAGACAACUACGGUGAUGAAGGAAAAGUCUUCGAUGGCUUCCAGUGGGACAAGAAGCAACGCCCCGCCGUCCAAGGAAAUCAUGACUUCCUGACCUUUGGCUUGGGCAGAUGGGCAUGCCCCGGUCGUCAGUUGGCUAUCCACGAGAUUAAGAUUGUGCUUUAUAUGUUCUUUUCAAAGUUCGAUAUCAAGCUAAAGGCUAAUACCUUCCGGACUACCAAUACUAUUAACACCACCGCAGUUGCACCAGAUGCCACACUACUGCUAAGGCGAAGAAAAGAUACUGACGUCGCAACUGUUGUCUGAUAGAGUAUUGUAUUGCGUCUACUGAAAUUGAGAAAUAUUUUUAGGUGGUUACUGUUACUAAGUAAAAUGCUGCGUAUGGAUGCAAAUUGUUAUCUUUAGUUUUAGUGGUGGAUCAUUAUAACUUAAGAUUAUAUAGUUAUAUAAAACACAGGCUUUAGGUUAAAUUUUAUAAAAUAAAAAGCUAAG